AUGAAGCUCCUUGCAAGUGCGGCGCUGCUUCUAGCAGCUGGCAUCUCAGCCAUCAAGAACCCAGUUCUUCCAGGAUGGAACCCCGACCCAGCCAUCCUCCGCGUGGAAGAUACCUACUACAUGGCCGUUUCCUCUUUCACCUACUACCCGGGCAUCCCAAUCUACAAAUCCAAAGACCUCGCAAACUGGGACCUCAUCUCCCACGCCCUCAAAGACCCCUCCGUCCUCGCUCUAUACGGCGUCUCCGCUGGUGAAGGGGUCUGGGCACCCUCCUUCUCCCACCACAACGGCCUCUUCUACAUAACCUCAAUGACAAGAUGGGGCUCCGACCCCGACUCCCGCUCCUGGCCGCGGAUAUGGUACAUCUCCUCCCCGGACCUCGUCACCUGGUCCGGCCUAACCUGGGCGGAGCCCUACGGCAUCGACCCGGACCUCUUCCAUGACGCCGCCACAGAAAAGUCCUACCUGAACCUCAUGGGGCCCAACAACAACUACGACCGCCUCUGGGGCAUAACACAGUGCGAAAUCGACCUCGCGACGGGGAAGUGCGUCGGCCCGUAUCGCAACAUCUGGAACGGCACCCUCCCGCAACUCUCCAGCGCCAGACCAGAGGGUCCCAAGAUGUUUAGGCGCGGCGAGUGGUACUACCUCCUCCUGGCGGAAGGCGGCACGAGCACCGGUCACCGCGCGACGAUAGGUCGAUCAAAGUCCCCCCAGGGGCCGUGGGAAUCCUCGCCGACGAACCCGCUCAUCUACAACGGCGCCGAUCCGAAGCUUACAGUCCAGUCGACCGGCCACGCGACGUUUACUGACACGCCCGGGGGAGAGUGGUACGCCUCCCUCCUUGCGCGGCGAAAUGUAAAGGGUGCGUCGCCGCUCGGUCGCGAGGCGUUUCUGGUAAAGGUUGACUGGGAGGACGGGUGGCCGACGAUGAACGGCAGCGGGCCUCUGCUAUUGAGCCAGAGCGUCGAGGGGCCCGAUCAGGAAUAUCCCAAGGCCAAAUGGAUUGACGAAUUUGUGGGCUCAGAAUUGGGGAUUGGUUGGUACCAGCAGCGGACGCCUUACACGGAGAACUUUCGGCUCAGAGGUGUGGUGGCGGUCGGGGAGGCGACGGCGGGUGGGCUCGAGAAGAGAAUUUUUGCCAACGACUCGGGAAUUGAGUUUAAUCCCAACGUCUUUACGCUGGGGGACCGAGAUACAGCGGCUGCUGUGCUUCGGAAACAGACAUCGUUGAACAUGACUUUCUCAGCCAGACUGUUGUCGACAUCUGCCGGGUUGGGACCUAGGCAGUCGAUCGGAAUAUCGGCGUAUCUCAGUGAGGUCAACCACCAAGAUAUCGGCGUCAGAGGAUGCUGGGACACGACCGGGUUGUGUUUGUACGUCGACCUCUUACCAACUUCCACCGGGCCAACAACGCGACCCAACUCAACCGAAUACCCUCUGCAAGAGUCAACGAUUCCCGGAGACCUAACACUUCUCAUCCGCGCCUCGCCACUAGAGUAUUCUCUCGGAUACUCCCGUAACAACGCGACUUCACUCACAUGGUUGAAGAGAUUUAGCUCCAAACAGAUGGGCUCGAACCCCGGAUACCCCAACUUUGAAGGCUCCAUGUUCGCUCUCUUCGCCAGCGGGAACGGAGAACCGUGGCCGAACGAUGCCCCCAAGCUGGGCUUCCAUCGUGUCGAGGAGGUAUACUACGACGAGUACCUCCCGGAUCAUGACAACUAG